AUGGAGAAUUUCGGGAUGUUUCCAAACCUGCCAUUCGAACUGCGUCUCAAGAUCUGGAAAUUCACCUUCCCGGGACCCCGAAACGUUGGCAUACAGAUCAGGUUCAAGGAUUUUGGCUUCGGCGGCUGGAUGUCUAGGAAACGCAGUCCCGCUCCGCCAGUGGCCCUUCAAGUGUGUCAUGAAUCGCGCGAAGAGGCUCUGAAAUGCUACAUUCUAUCCUUCGGUACAUCAACUCAUCCGCCUACAGCAUAUUACAACUAUAAAAUCGAUACUCUCUGCUUUGGCGACGGACCCGAUAUUCAUAGCUUCCCAAGCAACUACUUGCUCAACCUAUGGCAUGGGACAAACUACAACCCUAACCGCCGUAAUGACUCCAAGGCAAUUCAAGCAGAGAAUGUUAGAUAUGUCCUUCUGGAUGUCGAUGAGAGUAUCUAUGGCAGACCGGCUUUCUGCUGGGAGGAAGUUCGCCGCUUUGACGGAUUGGAGGAAUUGCUCGUGGUUACUUGGGAUGCAGACGACAGAACGGAUGAUCUUAUGUCUUAUUUCCAGACGGCAAUGAAUGCUGUGGCGGAGGCUCAUCCUGACUGGGUGGUUCCAAAGACUAAGGUUGUGUCCGCUCUUUUAGGUAGGGAUUGGGGGAGUCUGAAGCCAGGACGAGUUGAAGAACUAGCAUAA